CCUCCUGUGGACCGUGAUGAGGCAGCGCGAGUGGAUCCAGCAUGUUUCUAUUUUUUGCCUUCCCUUUGACUCGGGAAGUAGUCGCGCAAAAUAACGGUGCAAGCCAUAAUCAAGGGAUAAUACAUACCGCAAUAAAGUGCUGGUGAUGGCAGUGCGGCCCCCUCCGUGCGUGAUAGACUGUGGGACAGGGUACACCAAGAUUGGUUAUGCAGGAAACACGGAGCCCCAGUUCAUCAUGCCAUCCUGUAUUGCGAUCAGAGAGACAGCCAGUGUUGGAGAUCAGGCACAGAGACGUCUCAUGAAAGGGGUGGAUGACCUCGAUUUCUUCAUUGGAGAUGAAGCCAUUGAUAAGCCCAACUAUGCAACCAAGUGGCCCAUCAGACAUGGUAUUGUUGAGGAUUGGGACCUCAUGGAGAAGUUCAUGGAACAGGUCAUAUUUAAAUAUCUCAGAGCUGAACCAGAGGACCACAACUUUUUGAUGACAGAACCUCCUCUAAAUACCCCAGAGAACCGGGAAUACUUAGCUGAGAUCAUGUUUGAAACGUUCAGCGUCCCAGGACUAUAUAUUGCUGUUCAGGCUGUUUUGGCAUUGGCUGCAUCGUGGACUUCAAGACAGGUUGGAGAACGAACACUAACAGGAAUCGUGAUUGAUAGUGGUGAUGGGGUUACUCAUGCUAUACCAGUGGCAGAAGGUUAUGUGAUUGGCAGCUGUAUAAAGCACAUCCCUAUAGCAGGCAGAGACAUCACCUACUUCAUUCAACAGCUGCUAAGAGAGAGAGAGAUCGGCAUUCCUCCAGAACAGUCACUGGAGACUGCAAAAGCUGUUAAAGAAAGGUAUUGCUACAUGUGUCCAGACAUAGUGAAGGAAUUCACCAAAUAUGACAUGGACCCUGGCAAAUGGAUAAAAAAAUACAAGGGAAUCAAUGCUAUCAGCAAAAAUGAAUUUCAAAUAGAUGUUGGAUAUGAGCGUUUUCUGGGACCAGAGAUAUUUUUUCACCCUGAGUUUGCCAACCCAGACUUCGUGCAGCCCAUCUCAGAUGUAGUGGAUGAAGUCAUUCAGAACUGCCCUAUCGAUGUCAGAAGACCACUUUACAAGAACAUAGUCCUGUCCGGUGGCUCCACUAUGUUCCGGGACUUUGGCCGCAGGCUGCAGCGGGACCUGAAGCGUGUGGUGGAUGCCAGACUCAAAAUGAGUGAGGAGCUCAGUGGCGGCAGAAUAAAGCCCAAACCCAUGGAGGUGCAGGUGAUAUCCCAUCACAUGCAGCGUUAUGCCGUGUGGUUUGGUGGAUCGAUGUUGGCUUCUACGCCUGAGUUCUUCCAAGUCUGCCACUCUAAGAAGGACUACGAGGAAUAUGGACCCAGAAUCUGUCGCCACAACCCGGUCUUUGGCAUCAUGUCCUAGUGCUGGUCUUGCACCCCGCUGUAAACCUAGAUAUCAAUUCAAUCGAUUUAUCACCUCCCCAUACUACGCUUUGAUUGCCACUCCUAUUUGAAAAGGAAUAAUUCAGGCUUUGACAAGCUUAGAAUAGAAAGAACAGAGCUUUUUGUUUAUCAGUGAAAAUGUCAAAGCCAGGCACAAGGGUAUUAUGUGGAUUGGAUCUGGAGACUUGAGGCUUGUGCUUUUGAUAGCAAGCGCUGAAUGUUCAAUAUUCCAAAUGCAGCAUAAAAGAGGAAUUCAAGAAUUGCACAUCGACUGCAGGCUGCUCAGGUGAAGCCAUAAAGUGGGGACUGUUUACUUUGGAACACAUGGCAGUUUUUGUGUUCUGUUCAGAAUUUAAAGAAAUAGUUCAACCUGAAAUUAAAAUUCUGUCAUGUUAUUUCA